CAUCGUAAGAAACAUGUUUAUACUUCUGGAUGUAAUCGCAGGAAGGAAGGACCCAGCUGGACUGAGGCAAGGACAAGUGUUGGUGGCUGGAAAAGCCGUCACAUCCGACCUCAGGCUCAGCUCUGCCUAUGUGGUCCAGGAUGAUAUCCUGAUGGGCACUUUGUCUGUGAGGGAGAACCUUCUGUUCAGUGCCAACCUGCGCCUCAACCGUCGGCAUCACACCAGCGCUGAUAAAAACAGCAGAGUAGAUGCCAUCAUUCAAGAACUGGGCCUGACAGACUGUGCAGGUACAAAGAUAGGAACAGAGUUUCUGCGUGGGGUAUCUGGAGGUGAGAGGAAGAGGUGCAGCAUUGGGAUGGAGCUCAUCACCUCGCCCUCUCUGCUAUUCCUGGAUGAACCGACCACUGGACUGGAUUCUAACACUGCAAACCAUAUCAUUAAUCUACUGUACAGAUUGUCAAGAAGAGGUAAGACUGUGAUCUUCUCCAUCCACCAGCCACGCUACUCCAUCUUCAGAAAGUUUGACCAUCUGACUCUGAUGCAUAAAGGCGAAGUGGUGUACGCAGGAGCAUCAGACCAAGCACUGGAUUACUUCACAAACCUUGGCUUCCAAAUUGAGUCCUUUGACAACCCUGCGGAUUUCUUCAUGGAUAUCACAAACGGAGAGGCAAAAUCAACACGAGGAACCCUUACUACAGAGUGUAAAAACCCAUUGGCAACCAAGUACCGCCAGUCCGAACUGUGCCAGAAAGUAGCUGAGGAGUUGAACCAUGUGAACAAGAGCAUUGCUGAAGGGGUCAAAGGUCACGACAAGCCCGCAGACUACAUUACGUCUUUCUGCUAUCAGAUGCGUGUGGUGUGUGGCAGGACAGUGCUGAACAGUCUGAGGAACCCCCAGACGUCUUACGCUCAGUUGGCUCUCAACAUCUUCUUUGCGAUUCUGGUGGGACUAAUUUAUUACCAAAUGCCCUUAACACUGCCCGAGGCUAUACAGAACAGGAGUGGAGCGUUCUUCUUCCUUAUCAUCAACAUGGUGUUUGGGAAUCUCUCUGCUGUUGAACUCUUUAUCAAUGAAAGGGCAAUCUUCAUUCACGAGAACUCCAGUGGCUAUUACCGUACUUCUGUCUACUUCCUGUCCAAGAUCUUCGCUGAUCUCAUCCCCAACCGCAUCAUCCCCAUCUUAGUUUUUUCAGCCAUCGCCUACUAUAUGAUGGGAUUGAAGCCUUCCUUUGUGGCCUUCCUGUGUUUCGCGCUGACCAUGUCUCUGGUCAGUCUGGCGGGAGUUGGCCUGGCCUUCCUCGUCUCAGCGAGCGUAUCUUCCUUUGCCAUGGCUAACAUCCUCAUUGCUCUACCCUUUGUCUUCAUGAUGGUCUUUGGUGGCUAUCUUGUCAAUCUCAACAGCAUGCUGAUCUGGCUCUCCUGGCUGAAAUGGAUCAGUAUUUUCAGAUAUGGACUGAAUGCUGCAUUCAUUAACGAGAUGUCAGGACAGUUUUUCUACAGCAACACCACCAAGAUCCCAGGGGAGUUGUUCCUGGAAAGCAUGGGCCUUGACUACUCCGCGUGGGGCUUCUGGCAGAACCAGGUGGCUCUGCUGGGAAUCAUCGUGGUCUGCAUGGUCCUGGCCUACGUACAGCUGCGACGAAUCAACCGCUGGAAAUAAUAAUCAUCUGUUUAUGUAUCCCUCAAACACACACUUUCUCUUAUUUAUUUAACAAGUCUCAAAUGAAAUGCAUAGGGGAAAUUCAUUUGGAGGAAAAAAAACAUACUCGAAUAUUUAAUAUGAAAUAACCUUUUUGAUUGUAUUAUUUAAAUUACUAUUUAAAAUAUUUGUUGAAGAUCAUACCUGGAA